CUCUCCGGAUUUAUAACACAGCAACACAAAAUCAUUUGGUGGAGGGAAAUAAGGAAAACAAUGGCAUCGUCAAAAUCUGCAUUUGUGUUAUGCAUGGAUGUGGGCUUCUCCAUGUCCAACUCUGCUCCUGGUGAAGAGCCUCCAUUUGAACUUGCCAAAAAGGUUAUGCAGAAGUUUGUCCAACGCCAGGUGUUUGCAGAGACCAAGGAGGAGCUGGCAUUAGUUCUGUUUGGGACAGAUCGUACUAAAAAUCCUCUGCAGCAGGAUGAUCAGUAUCAACACAUCUCUGUGCAUCGCCCCCUCAUGAUUCCAGACUUUGACCUUCUGGAAGAAAUUGCAAAUCAGAUCCAACCAGAGAACCAUCAGGCGGAUUGGCUAGAUGCACUUGUUGUCUGUAUGGAUCUUCUUCAGACACAUACAAAGGGGAAGAAAUAUGAGCGACUCAACAUUGCGGUUUUGACUGAUCUCAGCACUCAGGCCAGCUCUGAUAAUCUGGACAUUAUCAUUGAAAACCUUAAAAAAGCUGGAAUUACCAUUCAGUUCUUUUUGCCCUUCCCUGUUGACGAAGAGGAUGAGGAAGGUGGUAGCGGGGAUGGAGGGGAUCAGGGACACCCAGGAACUGGUAAAGGCUUGUCCCCGGAGCAGCAGCAGGGUCUGGACAUGGUCAAACACAUCAUGCUGAGCCUGGAUGAGGAGGACGGUCUGGAUGAAGUCUACAGCUUCAGGAAUGCACUAGAGCAGCUUUAUAUGUUCAAGCGCAUUGAGAGAAGACCCAUGGCUUGGCCCUGUCAACUAACCAUUGGCAGUACACUAUCCAUCCGAAUUGUUGGAUAUAAAGCAGUGACAGAAGAGAAACUGAAGAAAAUGUGGCAUACUGUGGAUGCCCAAUCAAACCAGAAAGAUGAUGUGAAGAAAGAGACUGUCUUCUGUUUAGAUGAUGACAAUGAAACAGAGGUACCAGCAGAGGAUACUAUUCAAGGUUUCCGUUAUGGCAGUGACAUUGUUCCCUUCUCCAAAGUGGACCAAGACCAAAUGAAAUAUAGACAUGAUGGGAAAUGCUUUGCUGUUCUUGGCUUCACAAAACAAAACCUGAUCCAGCGUCAUCACUUUAUGGGAAAUCAGGUUCUCAAGAUAUUUGCCCCCAAAGAUGAUGAGCAUGCAGGAAUUGCACUGUCAGCACUUAUUCGAGCACUGGACCAGCUUAAUAUGGCUGCCAUUGUGAGGUAUGCCUAUAACAAAAGCAGCAAUCCACAAGUUGGUGCUGCUUUCCCAUGUAUCAAACAGGGUUAUGAGUGCCUACUUUACAUCCAGCUGCCUUUUACCGAGGACCUCAGACAGUUUACAUUCCCCUCUCUUGAAAACAAAAAGUUCACUCCUUCAGAAACCCAGCUGUCUGCUGUGGAUUCUCUCAUUGACUCCAUGAUGCUGGUUGAGGAGGAUGAAAAUGGGGAGCAUAAAGACAUGCACAAGGUUCACCACAUUCCAAACCCUGCCUUUCAGAGGCACUUCCAGUGCCUGCAUCAUCGAGCCGUUAACCCUGGGACCCCUCUGCCGCCCAUGGAACCAUGGCUAAAGGCGGCUUUGGAGCGACCUGAAGUGGUAAACCAGCGCUGCCAGGCUCCUCUGAAUGAGCUCAAGAAAAAGUUUCCUUUGACUGAAGUGGAAAAGAAGAAAACAAAAAAGACAAGUGCACAGAUCUUUGGCAAAGAAUCUGAGGAGACUGAUGCCAAAAAGGCCAAAAAAGAUGAAGAGGAUGAGGAAUAUAACCUGGCUGACAUUGCUGAAGGCUCUGUGACCUCAGUGGGAAGUGUGGAUCCGGCACGAGAUUUCUGUACACUCAUCAAACAGAAAACACUUCCAUUUGGUGAUGUCUGUCAGCAGCUGACUCAUAGGAUAGAGCAGUUGCUUAGCAACAAGAACGCACACUACUACAUGAAAAGCAUCACCUGUAUCCAGGCUUUCAGAGAGCAGUCUGUUAAGCUGGGGAAUCCUGAUCUGUAUAAUAGUUAUCUUCAGUCAUUGAAAAGGAGCAUCCCAAACAGAGGGCUGGAAGAAUUUUGGGAUCUGCUGGUCCAAGAUCGAGUCACUCUAAUCAGCAAAGAUGAGGUUGGAGGAAGUACAAUAUCAAAACAGGACGCUAACCAGUUCCUGGUUGCAGAAGACAAAGAGGAGGAAAAGGCUGCGCCAACUGCUGAGGACACUGGGGACGUGGAUGACUUGCUGGACAUGAUGUGAACCAAUGGGAGAGUGUGCAGUGAAUGCAGGAAAAUUCUCAAGAAUCUGAUCUUUGAGCCUUGCCAGAGCAACUUCAGCUGUCCAUUGUUCUGACUCCCACUCAGGCCAGAGUGAGAUUCUGUGGAAGUUAUAAUGCACUGUAAAGAACUGUUAAACCAUGCUUAUAAUGUAGAAUGUAUAAAAAGCAUUUAGAAUGUUUAAAUGUCAAGGCUCAACUGUAAGAGGUUUUUAUAUUCGGAUUAAACACGGUAUACGGUUGUCAAA